CAACUUCACAAAUCUUGAACGACCCUUUUCUCUCUGUAGACAUCUCCCAACCAACAGAAAAGAAGCUCGAUCCAGAACGAAGCGCAAAAAACGACGCCGAAUCCAUGGGCGUGCCGGCGUUCUACCGUUGGCUGGCCGAUCGGUACCCGCUCUCGAUUUCCGAUGUCGUCGAGGAAGAGCCCAAGGAGGACUCCAAUGGCAUCCCCAUGCCCAUCGACGUUUCCAAACCUAAUCCCAACGGCUUGGAGUUCGACAAUCUCUACCUCGACAUGAACGGCCUUAUUCAUCCUUGUUUUCACCCCGAGGGCAAGCCCGCUCCAGCUACCUACAAUGAUGUAUUCAAAUCUAUAUUUGAAUACAUUGACCAUCUCUUCUCAUUGGUUCGCCCAAGAAAGCUUCUUUAUCUGGCAAUUGAUGGUGUUGCUCCAAGAGCUAAAAUGAAUCAGCAACGUUCUCGACGCUUUAGAGCCGCUAAAGACGCUGCGGAAGCAGCAGCUGAGGAAGAAAGAUUGAAGAAAGAAUUUGAGGACGAGGAGAGAAACUUGACACUCACAGAGAAGUCUGAAACUUCCGACUCGAAUGUUAUUACUCCUGGAACUCAGUUUAUGGCAGUGCUCUCGGUGGCACUUCAGUAUUACAUUCAAAGUAGGUUGAAUCGCAACCCUGGCUGGCGGUCUACAAAGGUUAUUCUUUCUGAUUCAAAUGUUCCUGGUGAGGGAGAACACAAAAUUAUGACAUACAUUCGAUUGCAACGUAACCUUCCUGGUUUUGAUCCUAAUACUCGGCAUUGUCUGUAUGGUCUGGAUGCGGAUCUCAUUAUGUUGUCUUUAGCUACGCAUGAAAUUCAUUUCUCAAUACUACGAGAGUUGAUUACUCUGCCUGGGCAGCAAGAAAAGUGUUUUGUCUGCGGUCAGAUUGGUCAUCUGGCAGCUGAGUGUCGUGGUAAACCGGAUGACCCGUUAGAUUGGAAUGUGGUAGAUGAAACUCCAAUUCACAAGAGGAAAUAUCAGUUCCUCAACAUCUGGGUAUUGCGAGAAUAUUUGCAAUAUGAGCUGGACAUUCCCGACCCUCCAUUUGAUAUUGAUUUUGAACGAGUAGUGGAUGAUUUUGUCCUCCUUUGUUUUUUUGUCGGCAAUGACUUUCUUCCACAUAUGCCUACAUUAGAGAUCAGGGAGGGUGCCAUUAAUUUAUUGAUGCAUGUUUAUCGAAGAGAGUUUGCUGCUAUGGGUGGUUAUCUUACUGAUGCGGGUGAGGUGUUGUUAGACAGAGUAGAGCACUUUAUUCAGUCAGUGGCUGUUUAUGAAGACCAGAUCUUUCAGAAGCGGGCUCGAAUUCAGCAGGCCAUCGAGAAUAAUGGGGAGAUGAGAAGAGCCAAAAGAGAGGCAAACGGGGAGCAACAGACUCUGGUGGUAGAGAAGGCUCCAGUGGUAGACAAGGUUAAGCUGGGGGAACCUGGAUACAAAGAAAGGUAUUAUGCUGAGAAAUUUGGUGUAUCAACGCCUGAGAAGAUCGAUGAAGUUAGGAAAGACACAGUUCUGAAAUAUGUAGAAGGCUUAUGUUGGGUUUGUCAGUACUACUACCAAGGUGUUUGCUCAUGGAAAUGGUAUUAUCCAUACCAUUAUGCCCCAUUUGCUUCCGAUCUGAAAGAUCUGAUGGAACUGGAAAUAACAUUUUUCAUUGGUGAGCCAUUCAAACCCUUUGAACAGCUUAUGGGAACUUUGCCAGCUGCUAGUUCAAGUGCUCUACCAGAGAAAUACAGAAACUUGAUGACUGAUCCAUCAUCACCUAUUUAUGCGUUCUACCCUCCUGAUGUUGAGAUUGACAUGAACGGCAAGCGUUUUUCAUGGCAGGGUGUUGCCAAAUUGCCAUUCAUUGAUGAGAGGAAGUUGCUUGGAGCAAUAAGGAAGCUUGAAAGCACCUUAACGGAGGAAGAGCAGAUACGAAAUAGUGUGAUGAAUGAUUUGUUUUAUGUUCAUCGUGCACAUCCUUUGGCUUCACAAAUCUACAUAUACUACCAACUUAAUCAUCGGAUGCCCCAAUUCACAAGAGUUCCUUGUGCGAUUGACACAAAUGCUAGUGGUGGAAUGAAUGGAUACCUUUGGUUAUGCGAGAGGAGUUGGAUGAGAAAUGUAGUCCCGUCCCCUAUCAGUGGAUUUCAGGACAUCGAGCAUAACCAAGUCUUAACUAUUGCAUAUCUUAACCCCGCUGCACAUAGACACAUCCCAAAACCUCCCAAUGGUGUGUUCAUGCCCGAAAAGAUUUUAAAUCCAAUAGAUAUUAAACCAUUCCCUGUGUUAUGGCAUGAAGACAAUUCCCGGCGCAACCAAUAUAGGGAAAGACAACAAGUGUCUGGAGCAAUAACUGGCCCUCAGUUGGGAGAAGCCGCACAUCGUCUUGUCAAGAACUCCCUAAAUCUCAAAUCCAAUGAUUCACACUCUGGAUUGUGGGAGCAGCCACCAUCUAGAAAUUUCCCAGGCUCCUAUCCAGUAACUAGAUCAAGACCAGCUGGACCUUCUGGAUAUGAAAGAGGCUUCCGGCAAGAUCCAAAUGCUUACUGUGACAAUUAUUUCACUCCUCAGGGCCACAUGGGUAGGCCUAGAUUUCCAGUCUCGAAUGGUACGCAGAAUUUUAGGACACCAGAUAGAACACAUAAUCAAGAACAGCACCGCAACAUGAGAGCCGGGAUGUCUGCUUUGACAAUGGAAGACAAUGUGAGAGCCAGAUCACCUGCCUUGAUGUCGCCUAGAAUGCCAAAUUCGGGAAACUCAUCAAACACGUUCCGCCAGUUUUUGCAGAACACAGGUGCACUUCCAGCACCCCCUCCCAAGUGGAUUGACAAAGCUGUGACUGCGAAUGGCGGGAUGUAUACUGGGCGACAGGAAACCAUCUUACAUGAUAGGCAGGCAAAGAAGGCUUAUCAGAUUAAGACACAAACUCCGCCAGAUUCAAUGAAUCAUGGAGAGCAGGAGCGUUUGUAGUGAAUUUGUUCAGUUGUAUGUUCUCUCUGGUGCCCGUCCGUUUAUGAGAAUCACUGCAACAUGGUUUGAAUCAAUGUCUUACUAUUCGAUUAGAGGUGCUACAAGCUUAAUGAGUUUGAUAGGUAGCACUGAUCAAAGUCACCAUUGUUCUAUAUCUCUUCCUCCAAAGUGGUCACUGGUCAAUACGUGCACUUUCCUGGUUUUCAGCGGUGAAAAAAAAAGAGCAUUUUUGGCUAACUUCUCAUGAAGAUGGUUUCAUCACGAAUAGGAAAAUUCAUUAAUGCGGAGUUUUAUUGAUCUGCAGCUGGGGAUGUCAUUGAAGAGGAAUUUGAAAUGUGCUUUGAGUUUCCUUUUUUUGUUUUAUUUUUUUGGCUUACGGACCUGGGUCAUCAGAGAGAUCGUGUGUAGUUGUGUCAUACCCGUUGUAGUCAGAUAUUUAUAGGGAAAAGAAUUGGUAGAUUCUUAGAACUUGUCUUAGGAAAAAACAAAAUCAAAAAGAAAAAAGAAAGUAGAUGCUUACAUGUUUCAUAUUCAGCGAAAUGCUGGUAUGUAUAUUAUGAUAGGUCCUACAUGACUACCGAAUCUCACUUGUAUCAAUAUUGUUUUCUC